AUGUCGGAAGCAGAUCAGGAGUGGAAGCCCAGCGGCCGUCCUACAUCGACCAUGGCGCAGGCUUUCUCAGCAUCCCUCGACAGCGCCUUCUCGCUGGAUUCCGAUGUCACUCAGCUUUCGCAGACCAUCGACCAAAAGAGACAGCAGAUGAUCAUCCAGAACCGCGAAUUGGAGGAAUUGCAGCAGAGAAUCCGGGAAGCCGAAGAACGUUUAAAAGCUCGCGAAUCCAUCGUUCCGGAAAGCAGCUCGAAGAACGCCGGACAGCGUGAUGGUGAAUCUCGUUCCGCAGGAACCCCCUUUUCAGCCUCCCGCCGAUUAUUCGGCAGAGACGAGCAACGAGGCCCGCAGGGUACUACCACUAAUUCUUCAUGA